AUGUCAUUAAUUAUCUAUGUCGCGCACUCGGGCAUAAAGAUCGUCGCCGAGCCGACCAAGGUCAACAGCCUCGAGAGUCUGCGCGCAUGGGUCCAGCGCACCGCCCAGAUCCCCGUGAACAAGCAAGUCUUCCUGACUUCCAAGGGCAAGGCCGUCAGACCUCAGACGCUACUCACCGAGCCCGAAAUCUACGUCUUUGACUCCAACUCCUUCUCUCCUACCAAUACCAGCCUCUCGCUCAUCCCCGAGCCGUCUCCUCUGAAUCCUGACACUCCGCCUGACUCGAUCGCCAACCAUGACCAGCUCUCGUCAUGGAACGACUUGUUUCGCCGUCGCCUCGACUGGGCCAGAGCUCUGCGCGUCCAGUACGCCGACCUGGUCGACAACACACAACGAUAUCAUCAAGAGCAAACCAUCAUCGAACAAAGCGUCAACGUCGCUGUCAUGAGCUUGCAUCUGCACAUCCGUUCCACCGAGCAGAAAUAUCAACAUGAGGAAGAGUGGGUUGACAAACUGCUGGAGCAGCAGGAGGCACACGUCGAUAGCUGGGAAAGAGACCUUGACAUCCUCCAGCACAUUCCAGCAAACCCCGAUUUCGCUCGCUACAUCCAGUCUCAGACAGUCAUACCCUUGCAACAAUCAGGUCAUGAGUCUGAGGUUACUCUGCAGCAAUUUGUUCAGGUCGAUCAUGUCAAGCAGGCUGCAUCAUCUGCUCAGGCCAUCAUGACCAACUUUGCUCAAAGGGUUCACAACAUCCAGCAAUCCCUAGAAGCAACUGCAAAAGACAGCGAUGCUUUACUUGAAGCUGUCCAGACAAUACAUCAAAGUCGAGUCGAUAAUACAGAUGAGCCAGCAAAACUACUUGAAGAGGUUGAUAUUAUCGUAAACAAAAUGUCCAACGACCUGGAACACGUAGGAUCCUUGUCAAAUAAUGCUCAAAACGCUGCCAGAGCUUCUAAGAUGGCCCUCUUACACACUCGAAACUACCUGCCCAGCUUAGAUGGUUUGUGCCUCGAGCUCAACUCACUGGUCCGUCAAACGAUCCAACAACGUAACAAUGCCGCUCAAAACUUCUUGCAUCACAUGCAGACUCUGUCCAACAUCGAGUCUCGUCUGGCUCAGGUGCACUCGAGUCUCAAAAACCUGAACAUGUCUCAGAGUGAUGAGCAAGUCUUUGACACUCUCAAUGUUCUGUCUAAGCUCCCAUUCGUCUAUGGUUCUCUCAUGAUCGAAGCCGUGCGUCGUCGUGAAUGGGCCGACAAGAUGAAGUCUGACUCCGCUACACUCGCCGAAGAAAUGGCUACCUAUCAGGAAGAGGAAGAGCGCCGUCGGACCAAAUGGCUCAAGUCCGUCGAUGAUGUAGUCAAGACUGAAGCCUUUGAAGGGAAGCCUUUGAGUGUCGAAGUAAACCUUCAGGCAGAUGAUCUCGAAUGGCCAGUCGUACAGAGACAGUCUCUGCAGAACUACAUUCAGACCCUGACUGAAUUAGAGUUUCCUAAUCCCGUCGUACAGACUUUGUCAACUGCCCUCAAAGAUCUAGACCGACCUACCAAGAAGCAAAUCAAGCAUGCCAAGACGUUUAAGAACGGCAGUAUGCACGAAGCUGCUUUCGGAACUACUUCCCUAAUGCUUCGUGGUGAGGACGAGUAUAAAGUCCUUAGAGAAGCGAACAUCAAGCUCGAAGAAGAACUCAAAGGACAGAAAAGUCGAGUUCGAAGGCUGGAAGACAUCCUCCACCGCCAUGCUCACAUGAACCGACCAACGACGGGUGAUAGUUUUAGACCCUCAAUCGAACUGGUUUCCGAGAUGGCCAGCCCAAGUCCGUCGUCACCUAGGCCUUCAGAGGAAUUGAUCAGGCAGACGGUUGGCUCUAGACGUCCUUCCUCGAGCCUAGCCGCAGAAGAAGGUAAACUGGCCAGACGAGUCGUAGCACUGGAAGCCGAGCUACAUGCUGCCAAGGAACAUGCUUCCAAUCUGGAGAAGGAUGCGGAGAGCAGGAAGCAGAAGGAUGCUGAUGGUCAGCGUGAGAUUGACGAAGCCGUUUCCACGAAAAAGGAUAUCAUGCAGAAUAUGGAAGCACAGCAGAGAGAGUUUGCAGAUGAGCGCAGAGUCUUGGAGCAAGACUUGGAUCAGGCACGACACAGAAUUGAGGAGCUUGAAGACGAGAUCGACAGGCUUCUGGGCAGUCGUGAUCAAGAAGUCUCUGGUAUUGAUGCUAGAGCCAAAACUCUCGAGGCUGAAAUUGAGAAGAUGAAACAGUCUGCAGAAGAGGCACACUCGAGACACCAGUCUGUUCUCGAAGAGACCCAAUCUUCCCUCAGAAAACAGCAAGAGGAGAAUCAAUGCUUGAAGGAGCAACUUCAGGUUCUCAGAAAGAGCCAAGAAGAACAGCAACAGCAUGAAUCGGAUAACCUCCGAGUUCUUAAGGAGACUCACAAACAUCUGUCACCGACCACUUCACCACCAGAGAAGUUCAUGGAUCUGGUCCCUGCUUUGGAAGGUCUGGCACAGAAGUCUGCAGAUCAUGUCAGAGAGCUGAAUGAUGCUAUCGCACUCGCGAGAUCCGAAUCGGAAUCUCUUCGAUCACAAAGCAGCACUCAGAAGACUGAGCUCAAGUCAGCUAAGGCGAAACAGGCUGUUACGGAGGCUGAGCUCAUUCGCUUGCAAGACGAGAUGGAGGCAGAGAAAGCGCACGCCGAGUCGCUGGCAACAUGUCUUGAAGACGAACGCGAGCAGUUGCGCAAGCUUCGCUCGAAGUUCGCCGAUGGAGAAACAGGUGCAGAUGUGCUUCGCCAGCGUGUUUCGGAGGAGGAAGGUAGAGUAAUCCAACUUACGGAACAGCUAUCCGAUGCGCAGACUCAUGCUGCUAGUCUGGACGUGGAGAUCAUGCGUGUACAGAAGCAGCUGAAUGAGUCUAGAUCUACAGCCGCUUCUGUUGAAGAACAACUCAGACAGCGUGGUCUACGUGCAAAGGAGGUUGUUCAGCGAUUGUAUGCUCAGAAUGCACGUCUGUUGCGUCUGCUUGAAGCUUUAGGCUUUGUUGUUUCUCACAAGGAUGGCAACAUGAUCAUUGAGCGCGCGUCCAAGGUUACCGCUAGUACUACCUUCGACCCGACGUCGAGUCUGACACGUGCGAUCUCGAUGACUUCACCACCUCCCACACGCAAAGCAUCUGCAGUUGCUGACGAUCCAUCGUCUCUUACAUUCCUACACUGGCCCGAAGCUAGCGAUCCCUCAGAGGAAGAGUCUCAAUAUGUUGAAUUCCUGAACCAUGUCUCUUUGUUCAGCACCGAUAUUUUCAGCGAGGCGAUUAGCAAGCGCCUCCGCGAUUUCGAAUACACAGCUCGCAAAUGGCAAAAGGAAGCCCGCGGGUACAAGGAGAGAAACACACGUUUGCAAGCUGAGUCGUCGGCCAAGAUUGCGGUUAGAGAUUUCAAGGAAGGUGACCUUGCCUUGUUCUUGCCAACUAAAGGUCAGCGAACCGGCGCAUGGGCUGCCUUCAACAUCAAUGCACCACACCAUUUCCUCCGGGAACGUGAAGGCAUGGUUCUGAACCGUCGGGAGUGGCUCGUCGCUCGCAUCUCAAAGAUCGAGGAGCGCGUCGUCGACUUGUCGAAACCAGCCGCAUCGUUCGACGGACGUAGCAUUGGUUCAACAAGCGUAGACGCUGCUUCUCUAGAUGAGAUGAACGACAAUCCGUUCGACCUAUCUGAUGGGCUGACAUGGUAUUUGGUGCAUGCAUCCGAAGACAAGCCUGGCGCCCCAACCACACCUGGCUUGGGCAAGAGCACCGUAGCUAGCUCAUCGGUUGAUGCCAGAGGCAGCAUCCGCAUGAAGAAGCAGAGUGAUCUAAGCGAAGCAACAAAGACACUUAACAAGAGUCUAGACAGCCGUCGCAGCAGCUCAAACUCUAAGAAGGGAUUGACAGCAAGCUUCUUGGGUGAAACCGUAAGAAGAGGAGAGAGUGGAAACAGCGUUGUGGAUGACUCGUUGAGAAGGAAAGCAAGCGAGAGGGCUUUGGGAAUUGACUCUUCGGCCGCCACGGCAGCUACCUCGCCACAGCUGGAUAUGUCAUCGUCGCAGCAGCAGCAAGAGCAGCAAAAUCAGGUGCGCAAAGAUCUUCUCUGGGGUCCUUGA